ACCGGACAAAUAUUCGGUGACACCGCAGCGUCCCGCAGCAAAACAAAUCCGACCAGGGAGUUGGAGAAUGAAUGAAGAGCGAAAGUCAGACAGCAGCGUUCGUUGAGCAGCCAACGAGCGACACAGGCUGAGUCCGGAGCCGGUGGAGGACUACUGGUCCCUCUGGGCCGGACCGGGCCAUGCAGGCGGAGUUUCGCGCACCGCGGAGGCGCACACGCGUGCAGGAGGAGUACGUGGCUCCGCUCCCUGUGAGCCGCAGUCCGGGAGAGAGGAGCCACUUCCGGGCGGAGCUCCUCAACCAACAUGUGCUGGUCCGUCAUCCGGACCACAUACAGAGCAUCUACAACCAGGGUUACUUUGGUAAAGGGGUCUUGUCCAGAGCGAGACCAGACCACAGCAUCUCUUACCAAUGGGAACAAUACGAAGGUUUGUUCCUUCCCGUCAUUUCACGCUCCAGAUACGAAGAGCUUCUCAGGUGGGCCGGUUCCGCACUCUCUGCUCAGGGAUUGGAUGAAGAUGCUGUCAAUCAAACCCUGCUCAGCCUUUCACGGCCAGUAGAGAUGGAGGAUGUGAGGAAGGAGAUGAGCCGAGGGGAGGAGGCAGGCCCAAAUGGGGGAGCCUGUCCUCGUGCAAAGAGGUCAGGGUCAGGGGUCGGUCCUAAAGCCAAAAGAAGCUGCAGGUUGGACCGGCAGAACCACAACUCUGAUCCCGACUCAGACCAGAACCAUGACCAUGACUCUGACCCUGAUCCUAAUCCCAGCUCAGACCCUGAUCCUAGUUCAGACCAGAACUUGGAGCCUGAUCCUGAUGCCAGUUCAGACCAGAACUUGGAUCCUGAUGCCAGCUCAGACCAGAACUUGGACCCUGAUCCUGAUGCCAGCUCAGACCAGGAACUAGACCCAUAUCCUGAUCUCAGCUCAGACCAGGAAGUAGACCCUGACCUUAACUCUGACUCAGACUCUGAUGUGGAUCCCUUGGUUCCCGGCCCUGGUUUUGUUCUAGUGGUCUCUGACAGUGAGGUAUGUGGGGGGGUGAGGGAGGUCCGCCGGACUCCUUUCUCUCUUACUGAAUACCUGCAACUCAGUCUAGAGGAGGCAUUCUUCCUGGUCUACAGUCUGGGCUGCCUGUCUGUCUACCUGAAGCAGGAGCCCCUAUCAAUCAUCCAGCUGUGGAGAAGGUUCCGCUCCCUGCGGCCUGACUUUGUCAGCUCUUUCGCAGCCUAUCAGCACUGUCGAAGCAGGGGGUGGGUCCCUAAAGUAGGGGGCGGGGCCAAGUACGGUGUGGACCUCAUGUUGUAUAGGAAAGGACCACCGUUCUACCACGCGAGUUAUUCGGUUGUAAUUGAGCGGACUGAUGAUACGUUCAGGGGCUCAGCAUUGCGUCCGUUUUCGUGGCGUUCCCUCGCCGCUCUCAGCAGGAUAACCUCCAACGUCUCCAAGGAACUGAUGUUGUGUUACAUUAUCUAUCCAGCCAACCUAUCGGAAGCCGAGCUGGACUCACCUGUGUGUCUGGGCAGACUGAAGGUUCAGGAAGUAAUCGUCAACAGAUGGGUUUCCUCCAAAGAGCGAGCGGAGCAGGACGACGUCUGAUUGGCUGUCAGGAGUCUUGAUCUUGUCACCGUGUGACGUCCCAAAGAGACUGCUAAAGAUAUAUUUUUUUAUGUCGUUAAAGAGUCAGAAACGGGAAGUCAGUGUUCCUAAACACAGUAUGAGAGAGUGGUGCGGAUUCAUAUUGUGUUACUUGAACAAUAAAAAAAUAAUGAUUCAAAGAGUUUCGUCUCUGAUGUUCCCGGGGUCUGAUCUGGGCAUUAGUCCCCGAGGGUUAAUCUACUUCUUUCUUCUCUUUUUGAAUGAGGUGAAGAUGUUUGUGCUGCCCGAAAAAAUUAAGUAAAAAUAUUAGAUCAAAAACUCAAUGUGAUUAUUAUAGAAACUGGAUCUUCAAAUAACAAUUAUCAAGGUCUUGAUGUUCCAGGCUGACGGUUAUGGACUCACCUUAUUGCCGCUCUGAAAAAAUAAAGAUACCUCAACACAUCUCACGAAUAUAACUGCGAAUUUAGUGUUUUAUAAUGACGAAUUAUAAUAUAAAUAUGAUGAUAUCGAUAGUCAUUAUGACGUACU